CGGGGCGGGGAAGGCGCCGGGAGGUGGGCGCGGCCCGCCGUCCGCGGCGACGCGCACGCAGACCGGCCUCUCCCAGGCCUUCUCACGCCGGCCGCGGGCGGGCGCGCACGCCGAGUGACGCUGGAGGAGGAAGCGCAGCGCCCCUUCCCCUCCCUCGCCGCCGGGGCCCAGCGGGAGCCCCCCAGUGCGCCUGUGCGGAGGCCUACUUGAUUAUGUGUGCCCUCUCCGGGCCGCAGCUCUAGCCGCCGGGUGGAGGUGGGGAGGGAAGAAGACCCGGAGGAGGCGGAGGAGGCGGUGGAGGGGAAGUGGGGGGAGUCAGCAAGGACAUGGCUCCUGACUCCUGUGCGGAACGUGAGUGACUGAGCGGCAAAGCCCGAAUGGUCUCUAGCGACCGGCCCGUGUCUCUGGAGGACGAGGUCUCCCAUAGUAUGAAGGAGAUGAUUGGAGGCUGUUGCGUUUGCUCAGACGAGAGAGGCUGGGCCGAGAACCCACUGGUUUAUUGCGACGGGCACGGCUGCAGCGUCGCGGUGCAUCAAGCUUGCUAUGGCAUUGUUCAAGUACCCACUGGACCAUGGUUUUGCAGGAAGUGUGAAUCUCAGGAAAGAGCAGCCAGAGUGAGAUGUGAACUGUGUCCUCAUAAGGAUGGAGCUUUAAAAAGAACAGAUAAUGGGGGUUGGGCUCAUGUGGUUUGUGCCCUGUAUAUUCCAGAGGUACAGUUUGCCAAUGUUUCUACAAUGGAACCAAUUGUUUUACAGUCUGUUCCACAUGAUCGUUAUAAUAAGACUUGCUACAUUUGUGAUGAACAAGGAAGAGAAAGCAAAGCAGCCACUGGUGCUUGUAUGACAUGUAAUAAACAUGGAUGUAGACAAGCUUUCCAUGUGACAUGUGCUCAGUUUGCUGGACUACUUUGUGAAGAAGAAGGAAAUGGUGCAGAUAACGUCCAAUACUGUGGCUACUGCAAAUACCAUUUUAGUAAGCUGAAAAAGAGCAAACGGGGAUCUAAUAGGUCAUAUGAUCAAAGUUUAAGUGAUUCUUCCUCUCACUCUCAGGAUAAACAUCAUGAGAAAGAGAAAAAAAAAUAUAAGGAAAAGGACAAACACAAACAAAAACAUAAGAAGCAACCAGAACCAUCACCUGCAUUGGUUCCUUCUUUGACUGUUACUACAGAAAAAACUUAUACGAGCACUAGCAGCAACUCUAUAUCUGGAUCAUUGAAGCGCUUGGAAGAUACUGCAGCACGAUUUACAAAUGCAAAUUUCCAGGAAGUUUCUGCCCAUACAACGAGUGGAAAAGAUGUUUCAGAGGCUAGAGGGUCAGAGGGAAAAGGGAAGAAAUCUUCAACUCACAGCUCAGGUCAAAGGGGAAGAAAGCCUGGUGGAAGAAAUCCAGGAACGGCUGUGUCAGCUGCUAGUCCUUUCCAGCAAGGUAGUUUUUCAGGAACUCCAGGCAGUGUAAAAUCAUCUUCGGGAAGUUCAGUACAGUCUCCCCAGGAUUUCUUGAGCUUUACAGACUCAGAUCUACGUAAUGACAGUUAUACUCACUCCCAACAGUCAUCAUCAACCAAAGAUGUACAUAAAGGAGAGUCUGGAAGCCAGGAAGGGGGUGUAAAUAGUUUUAGUUCCAUAAUUGGUCUCCCUUCAACCUCAGCUGUUAUUUCACAGCCUAAAAACUUUGAAAAUUCACCUGGAGAUUUGGGUAAUUCCAGCCUUCCUACAGCAGGAUAUAAGCGGGCUCAAACUUCUGGCAUAGAAGAAGAAACUGUAAAGGAAAAGAAAAGAAAAGGAAAUAAACAAAGUAAGCAUGGGCCUGGUAGACCCAAAGGAAACAAAAAUCAAGAGAAUGUUUCUCAUCUCUCAGUUUCUUCUGCUUCUCCAACAUCAUCUGUAGCAUCAGCUGCAGGAAGUAUAACAAGCUCUAGUCUUCAGAAAUCUCCUACAUUGCUCAGGAAUGGAAGUUUACAAAGUCUUAGUGUUGGCUCAUCUCCAGUUGGUUCAGAAAUUUCCAUGCAGUAUCGGCAUGAUGGAGCUUGUCCAACAACUACUUUCUCAGAGUUGCUGAAUGCAAUACACAAUGGUAUUUAUAACAGCAAUGAUGUAGCAGUAUCAUUUCCAAAUCUAGUAUCUGGCUCAGGAUCUAGUACUCCUGUCUCCAGCUCUCAUUUACCUCAGCAGUCUUCUGGGCAUUUGCAACAAGUGGGAGCUCUGUCCCCAUCAGUGGCAUCAUCUGCAACCCCUACUGUUGCUACAACUCAGGCAAAUGCCCUAUCUGGAUCUUCUCUUAGUCAGGCACCAUCUCAUAUGUAUGGCAAUAGAUUAAAUACAAAUUCUUCAAUGGCAGCUCUUAUAGCUCAGUCUGAAAACACUCAAACAGAUCAGGAUCUUGGAGACAAUGGCCGCAGCCUUGUUGGCAGAGGAAGCUCGCCCCGAGGAAGUCUCUCGCCGAGAUCCCCUGUAAGCAGCUUACAGAUUCGCUAUGAUCCACCAGGCAACAGCACUUUGGAAAAUCUGCCUCCAGUAGCAGCCAGCAUAGAACAGCUUUUGGAGAGGCAGUGGAGUGAAGGACAACAAUUUCUAUUAGAACAGGGUACUCCUAGUGACAUUUUAGGAAUGCUGAAAUCAUUACACCAACUUCAAGUUGAAAAUCGAAGAUUAGAGGAACAAAUUAAAAAUUUAACUGCCAAAAAGGAACGCCUUCAGUUAUUGAAUGCACAGCUCUCAGUGCCUUUUCCAGCAAUAACAACAAAUCCUAGUCCAUCUCAUCAAAUUCAUGCAUUUUCAGCACAGAAUGCUCCUACUACUGAUUCCUUGAACAGCAGUAAGAGCCCUCAUCUAGGAAACAGCUUUUUACCUGAGAAUUCUCUUCCUGUAUUAAAUCAGGACUUAACCUCCAGUGGACAAAGCACCAGCAGCUCAUCAGCUCUUUCUACUCCACCUCCUGCUGGGCAGAGUCCCGCUCAGCAGGGCUCAAGCGUUAGUGGAGUUCAGCAGGUCAAUGGUGUGACGGUGGGGGCGCUGGCUAGUGGAAUGCAGACUGUAACAUCCACCAUUCCUGCAGUUCCUGGAGUGGGUGGGAUAAUUGGAGCUUUGCCAGGUAACCAACUGGCAAUUAAUGGCAUUGUAGGAGCUUUAAAUGGGGUUAUUCAGACUCCUGUCACAAUAUCCCAGAACCCUACCCCCCUCACCCAUACAACUGUUCCACCUAAUGCAACUCAUCCAAUGCCAGCUACACUGACUAACAGUGCCUCAGGACUAGGAUUACUUUCUGACCAGCAAAGACAAAUAUUUCUUCAUCAACAGCAAUUUCAGCAGUUGUUAAAUUCUCAACAGCUCACGCCAGAGCAACAUCAGGCCCUUCUGUAUCAGUUAAUGCAACAGCAUCACCACCAGCAACAUCACCAACCUGAACUACAGCAGCUACAGAUCUCUGGACCAACACAAAUACCGAUAAACAACCUACUUGCAGGUACUCAGGCACCACCACUUCACCCAGCUACCACCAACCCAUUUCUCACCAUCCAUGGCGAUAAUGCAAGUCAGAAAGGAACAAGACUUAGUGAUAAAUCCGGGCCUGUUGCUCAAGAGAAAAGUUGACAGUUGAGAAACGGUUAGAAAUUGCCUGUCCUGCUGUCCUAGCACUUCAUUGGCUGCUGUUGCAGUCCUCUUACUACACCUAUGAAGAAACGCAACAAGAAACUAACCGCACAACAGAGGACUAAUUGCCACAAGGACAUUCUUUUAAGACUUUGAUUAAUUUUCUUGUUGCUUUGUUGCACUGAAAUGGAAUUCCCAUGUCCCCCACCCCUCACUCAGAUUUUUUGAACUUUGAAAGAAAAUUUAGUAACUAACUUUUGUCAGUGAAAUAAUUUACAUGCAAUGAGUUUAUCAACCUAAGAGAAAUUUAAUAUAGUUGGUACACAACUAAUUUUGUUAAAAUUGGAGAGAUGAACAGCAAAACUAAAGACUUGCUUCAUUUAUAAACUAUUGUAUCUUGUACAAGUUGGAAUGAAGCUUGUCUGGGUAACAAGUAUAUUUUGUUUGGAUUACAGUGUGCUUGCUCUUUGAGUCAAAACAAAUUUCAAGGAACUGUCCAAUUUCUUCUGGAGUUUUAUUGGUUAUUGCAAAUAAAUAGGUCAUAAACAGGGACUUGGUAAUCUUUGUUAUAAAAAUUUCCUUUCUUACGGGAUUUGGCCAAUUUUGGUAAUCAAGUUAGGAGGGUAAUGUCUGCUUAUGCUAAAGGUAAUUUUCUUUUGCUAAAUGCUUUUUCUUUAGUGUUAAGACCUACUCAUAUUUCAACAAAGCUUUGAGUUAAAUGAGUUCUAAGGCUGCUGGGGGGACAAGAUCAAUUCAAAGUGAAAGAUUUCUUUCAGAAAGAGGGGCCACUCUGGAAACUGAUGGUAGGGUUUGGCCUGAAUCAAGUGCCUGUUAGUACCUCCAUGGUGUUGAAAUGGCUCUAACCAGCUGAGCUUGCACUAUACUGCACUAUAGUCAGUCCUUGUAAGUAGCAGCAAUAGUCAGUGUUGCACCAGCAGCUUCCCCAUGGUUCUGCCUUUAUUAAAAACUUUCUAUGCCGCCGUAGAUAGCUCAGGCAAAACUGUUACCUGGGUAUUUAUCCACUAAUGAGUCACAAGGAAAAUGAGUGGAUUUGGUAAGAAUUUUUGUUUUUUAAUUUAAAAACUUCCCAUUUCUGAUAUUGAUUUCAAACAAAAUAAGACAAGCAACCCACCGCUACAGUUCCUGAAACAGGUGAAGUCUGUAUGACAGACCUACUUUAGGUAGCCACACUCCUGGUGUGACAGGAUGGCUGUUAUAAAUUAAACAAUUGGGGAUAUAAUCAUUGAACUGUUCUUAAAUGUGUGAGUUAUUAGUGGAAAAGACCCAGCUCUAAUUAGACCUCCACUGUGUACUUAGCUGGAAGAACAUGUUAAUUCUGCAAUAUGUCUCUUGGUUAAACAUUGCACAGUUCUUACCUCAUUUCUGUAAAUAAGGUUUUGUGAAUCUGUUUUGUAUUGUGAAAAAUUCAUAAGAUAACAUUGAUAUUUUGAUUUGUAAUAUUUCUAAUUAGUAGAUUUAAUUGAAAAGUAAAAUUAAUUUAUUUUUAUAUGUUCAGGGGAAUUUUAAAGAAAGUCAAAUCUUUUGUAGAUAAUUUAAAAAAUCGGUGUGGUUUAUUUUACUUAUUUAACCCACUGAUUGUUAUUCUGUAACAAUUUGUAUAAAUUGCAAAUUUUGAAUGUGUUGUUAUUUUACCUAGAUGUAAAAUUCCACAUGUAUUAAAGGAAAUGUACAAAGUUUUUGUUAAUA